UUGGGCCCUCUCUCUUCCUUUUGUCCUUUUGACCGAUACGGCAUCUGUCGAAAAUUUGGCUUACUGGCAAUGAAAAGGGACCUGAAAAGUAUGGGACAUAAUUUUUUAUAACCAUAGCGCCCUUUGUAGAGGAAAAGAACCAUAUGCAUUUGGAGAGUACUUUUGUAACUUUCUAAUGCUUGCUACUCCUUUGCACCGUAGCCCUUUGAACCAGACAACCCCCUUUUGUAGCAUUAAAAUGGUUAGAAAAGAGUUUCUCGUCUCCCCAUCCCCAAACCAACUCUUGUUUCCCAAACUUUUGUUGGGUCAAGUCUCUCCCACCCCCCUAAAGCCCAAAUCUCGCUUUAGGUUCUUAGGGCUCACCGAAAUCGCAGAUAUUGCUUUGAAAGAACAAUAUAUAUGAAUAAUAUAACUCAAAGGCACGAUAUUAAUGGAACAAUAUAAGAUGGUAAACACCUUUGUUAUUUUUGUCUAACCUAAUUUAUUCAAAAACGCUAUAUUCCGGUAGGGACAACUGUCUUACCAGUUUCGAUAACUGAAGACUUGUUGUAAUUUAAAAAAAAACAUCGUGGAUAACAUGUAGUAGGCAUUAACUGAUAAUACAUUUUCAUGCAUGUUUGGUUAUAACCUGUUUCUAAUCUAAUCCCCACAUGUUUCUUCUCUCACACAGUUACACUCUACUUCUCUAUCACUUUUAUUUUCCCCGCGCUGCAUGGCAAGGCAUACAUAGUACAUCGAACCAACCUAGGAAUCAUACUUAGCGAAUACUUGCCUACCCUCUUUUUUCGGCCACCCUCUCUACUCCCCUUUGGUUGCUGCUCCUAUAUGGUGUGAUGAGCCCUGACCUAGCCUGUGUCUUGGUUAUGUCUUGAUCGGGUGAAAUUGGUGUCAUUGUAGAAGUAGGAGGAGAAGAAGAAAAGGAAGAGUAGUGUUAUUUAACCUAGAUGUCUAACAAUGAGAGGAGGGUAGAAAGGCACGAUAUUUAUGGAACAAUAUAGAUGAGUAAUCGAAGAUUGUAUGUUAAAAUUAAACAACUUUGUUAUUUUUGUCUUACCUAAUGUAUUAAAAAAACGCUAUAUUCCAAUAGGGGCAACUGGCUUACCUGUUUCAAUAAUCGAAGACUCGUUGUAAGUAAAAAAAGACCCACCGCAGACACCAUGUAGUAUGCAUUAACUGAUAAUACAUUUUCAUGCAUGUCUUGUUGUAACUGAUUUCUAAUUCCCACAUGUUUCUUCUCUCACGCAGUUACGCUCUACUUCAUCGUCACCUUUAUUUUUCUUGCACUGUAUAGCAAGACCUACAUAGUACAUCGAAAUGCCACAAACUAGCCUAGGAACCAUACUUAGCGAAUCCUCACCUACCCUCUUCCUUCGGCCUCCCUCUCUCCCCUUUGGUUGCUACUACUAUGUCAUGUGACAAUCCCUGACCUAAUCUAUGCCUUGGUUAUGUUGCGACCGGAUGAAAUUGGUGCAUGGUAGAAGGAGAAGGAGAAGAAGAGGAAGGAUGUUAUAUAAACUAUAUGUCUGAUAAGGAGGGGAGGGUAGAAAGUGUGAUAUUUAUGGAACAAUAUAUAUGACUAAUCGAAGAUGGUAUGUUAAAAUUAAACAAUUUUGUCAUUUUUGUCUAACAUAAUUUAUUAAAAAAUGCUAUAUUACGGUAGGGACAACUGUCUUACCAGUUUUGAUAAUUUAAGACUGGUUGUAAGUAAAAAAAGACCCAUCACAAAUAACAUGUAGUAGGCAUUAACUGAUAAUAUCUUUUCAUGUAUGUUUGGUUCUAACUGAUUUCUAAUCUAAUCUCCACAUGUUUCUUCUUUCACGUAGUUACGCUUUAUUUCCCCAUCACCUUUAUUUUCCCGCGCUGCAUGGCAAAGUCUACGUAGUACAUCGUUGUGCCACGAAGCAACCCAGAAACCAUACUUAGUGAAUCCUCACCUACCCUCUUUUUUCGGCCUCCCUUCCCUUUGGUUGCCGCUCCUACGCUACAUGAUGAGUCCAAACCUAACGUGUGCCUUGGUUAUAUCGCGAUAAAGUGAAAUUGGUGUUAUUGUAGAAGGAAAAGGAGAAGAAGAAAAAAAGAAGUGGAAGGAUGUUAUUGAACGUUUAUGUCUGACGGAGGGGAGAGGGCGCCCACAGCCUCUGAGCCUGCGCUGUUUUCCGUUUCACAAUUCCUUUUCCCCGCUCCUCCAUUUGGGAGUUCAUCCAUCCUCCCUCCCGCUCCUCCACCCCUCACUCACCUCGCCGCUCCGGCGUGGCAGCGGUUUCCUCUUUUGCUCUCGCCCUCCCACCCCAAAACGAGAUCUUUAAAUCCCCCCGAACCCUAGCCCACAACUCCUCCUCCUCUUCCUUGCGCCGCCUCACAAUCCUCCUCUUCUCCUCAAAAUCCAUUCCGAUCUCGCCGUCGUUCCUCGGGCUGGGACAUGCUUUAGCCAGCCGCCCAUGGCCUCCGAGGGCGCCGCCAGCCGCCGCCCGCCCCUGGCACCGCCUCCCAGGCGCAGAGCCGUGGGGGACCAGCAGCCACCCGACGUCCUCACCUACAAGCGCCGCUGCCGCGGCACCAACUCCAACUCCAGCGCCGUCAACCCCGGCUCCGACAUGGCUCAGAUGAGCAUGGUAGGAGCACGCAGCAGCAAUUCAAAGCAAGAAGCGCUGGCCAGGCACUGGAGAAGCCGGAGGGACACGUUGGAGGGCUUCUUGCAGUCCCCCGGUGUGAGUCAGAGCUCUGGAGGAAUUCAGAGCUGCAUCCGUGAAGCGCUCAGAUAUAACGGUUGCCAGCCCCUGCAACAACUCAAUAGUCCUGUCACACAGGGGAACCUAGCUAACAGCCAAGGUGAAGCCCAAGAGAACCCUAGUGGAUUGGUACAUGGUAAAGAGAAUAAUGGCACCUUGGUUCCGUCUGGAGAUGGAACUGCAGCAUCUUUGGAAGCCAACAAGGCAAUGUGCAACAAUGCUCUAUUUGACAUUUUAGUCUCGGAGAAGUUUGCCUUCUUGUGUGAUUCGCUAGCUGCAACUUUCCAUGUCAAUAAGCCUGAUGAGGUGAUUGGGUUGGAAAAAAUUGAUGCGAGGAUGAGAAAUGGAGACUAUGCACAUAACCCUACACUGUUUGACCAUGAUAUCAAGCAGAUAUGGGAGAAGUUUGAACAAGUUGGCCGAGAAAUGGCUGGUCUGGCGAGCAAUCUUUCAGUUAUUUCACGAGCUUCUUAUCAGAAGCAGGCUUCUGGACUUUCAGAAAUUGAUGUGACUGAGCACAAGACAAAGGAAACAAGUUUGGUUGGUGUUGCCCACAAAGUCCCGAGGGAGUCGACUCCCACAUGCGAUUCUGGCCAUUCUACCAUACCAAAGCAAACUGAGACAUCUAGACUGGAAGGAAAUCAGACUUGCAAGGAUUGUGGCAAGAAGGCAGACAGUGAAGGGAGAAUUAUCUGUGAUGGAUGUGAAGCCACAUACCAUGUUUCAUGUCUCAAGCUUGCCAUUGAAGAUGUCCCAGUGAAAUGGUACUGUCCCACCUGCAUUGAAUCAAAUGUAGUUGCUGCAAAGAAUAAUGGUAGUGGAAAAUCACAUGAAGACUGUAAUGGAUGUGACUGGCUUGACAUCACCAAGCCAGAAGAACGUCCUGAGGUUGUUAGCAAAACUGAGUUAGCUGACGAAACACAGGAGAGCGCAGUCGCAAGCCUGGAGGAAGAUAGUGAACCGGACCUCUCGACAACUGCCCUUUCAAACUUGUGCAAACAUUGUGGCACAUGCGAAGAUGAAGACAAGAAAUUCUUGGUAUGUGGUCAUCCUUACUGCGCUUAUAAGUUUUAUCACAUCCGAUGCCUGAAAGAAAGCCAGCUUGCAAUGGAGAAGCAGAAAAACCGAUCAUGCUGGUACUGCCCAUCUUGCAUUUGCAGAGGCUGCUUCAGGGACAAGGAUGAUGACUAUACAGUCUUGUGUGAUGGUUGUGAUGAUGCUUAUCACAUAUACUGCAUGAAACCAGCGCGCACUUCUAUCCCCAAAGGUCAGUGGUAUUGCACAUCAUGUAGCUUGCUCAGGGCAACGGGCGGAUUGCAAAAGUAUGAGAAGUUGAUCGUGCGGAGUGUGAAGCAUGUUUCUGAUGCCAAGCGGUCGAAAGUUUUGCUAGGUGAUGCUCCAGAAAAAUAACUAGCAGGAUAACAGCACUCUGGAUCAGCUUCAGAGCUUUUGCUUUGACAUGCUUAGGCGAAAAGAAAGGAUUCUUUGGUCCCUCUGAAGGGGUAUACUCUGACUUGAAUAAUUGGAUCGGUUGUGUAGUUUGUUUCCUGCCGUUGGUAUCUACAGGAAGAACUGUUGCCUGGUGAAGAUGGUGCUGUAUGGAUGCGUAGCCGGAUGAAAUGUCCAUUCCUUUGUUCCCCUGUCGAAUUUCUAUGACAAUUCUGAGACGUUGUUGUUGUGCUGUU